UCCAAGUUUGAAUUAUAGUAGGAUCUUAUCGGAUGGUGAAUAAAAUAAUUGUAUAUCUUGAAAAAUGUUAGAGUGAACCAUAUAAUAUAAAUUUACGGCGUUAUCGGUCGAACAUGUAAAACCAGUAAGCCAAUCCAAAGAUGGACAAGCCACCACUAUUCCUCUUUCAAAUCAUCUCAUUACUUCUCACCCAAUCACUCCUCGCCACGUCAUACCCUCUAAAUCCGAUCCCAAUUACAGUUUCCGUCACCGACUUCCGAGCCUCCGGCGACGGCGUCCGGUACGACACAGUAGCAAUCCAAUCGGCCAUCAACUCCUGCCCGGCCGGCUUCCCCUGCCACGUCACCUUCCCGGCGCCGGGGAAGUACCUGACAGCGACGGUGUUCCUGAAAUCCGGAGUGGUGUUGAACGUGGAGGUCGGCGCCACCAUCCUGGGCGGCACGAGGCUAGAAGACUACCCGAAGGACUCGUCGCGGUGGUAUGUGGUGGUGGCGGAGAACGCGACGGACGUGGGAAUCAGUGGCGGCGGAGUGGUGGAUGGGCAGGCGGAGAAGUUCGUGGUGAGACAAGAUCCGAGGAAGAACAUCAUGGUAAGCUGGAACCAGACAGGUUCAUGCUUAGGAGACGAGUGCAGGCCUAGGCUCAUCGGUUUCCUUGGCUGCAACAACGUUAGAGUCUCCAACAUUACUCUCAACCAACCUGCUUAUUGGUGCUUACACUUGGUACGGAGUGACAACAUAGCUAUUCACGAUAUUGCAAUUUAUGGUGACUUCAAUAUACCAAACAACGAUGGGAUUGACAUCGAGGACUCAAACAACACCUUAAUCACUCGAUGCCACAUUGAUACAGGGGACGAUGCAAUCUGUCCAAAGUCAUCCACAGGCCCUGUUUACAACCUCACUGUCACCAACUGUUGGAUUCGAUCCAAAUCUUCUGCAAUUAAACUCGGCAGUGCUAGUUGGUUUGAUUUCAAGCAUUUUGUGUUUGACAAUAUCACUAUUGUUGAUUCUCACAGAGGGCUUGGAUUCCAGAUACGUGAUGGAGGAAAUGUAAGUGACAUUGUCUUCUCAAACAUAAAUAUCAGCACAAGAUAUUAUGAUCCAUCAUGGUGGGGUAGAGCGGAGCCUAUCUAUGUCACAACUUGCCCACGAGACUCAACAUCAAAGGAGGCUUCAAUAUCAAAUGUACUUUUCAUUAACAUCACUGCUAAUUCUGAAAAUGGCAUCUUCCUGUCUGGUUCAAAGAGAGGAUUGUUAAGAAAUUUGAGAUUCAUCAACAUGAAUAUCACUUACGGAAGGUUCACCAACUAUGCUGGUGGGUUAUUGGACUAUAGGCCAGGAUGUCAAGAAUUGGUUAAACACUGGACUGCGGGCAUGAUGAUGGAGUACAUUGAAGGUCUUGAGGUUAAAAAUGUACAAAUGAGAUGGUCAAAGUCAAACAAUCAACUAGAACAGUGGAAUAAUCCUUUGGAGUUCAAACCAUCCACUGUGAAUAACAUCUCUUUCCUUAAUUUUAAUUCUGUUUUGUACACAAAUAGCAAAUGAAGUUACUAACUUUGGGUCUGCAGAGGAAAAAGCUCCAAAGCACGUAGGUUGCUUAACCAUCAAUGGAAUGGGAACCACGUUAAAAAAGAUGGGAGGUGCAUAUGCUUUGUGCAUCAAUAAAAAUAAGAGAUUGAGGAUCUAACACUAUUUCACUAUACGUUGAGUGCAUUUCAUUCAAAAAAAAUUGCGAUUGAAAGGCCUGCGAAUUGUUUAUAUCAGUGUGUAAUUCCAUUUUCUUUUUCUCCAUAGUAGAAUGCCUUUUUCCUUUUCUUAUUUGUUUCUUUAG